GUUUUCUCGCUCAUAUCUUUGAUCCAUGCAACAGCAGGAAAGGCCCCCAGCGUCAACCCUCUCCUUGAAGAGCCUCCUAACAUUUCCUAACCGAAUCUGCAACCCACCCCCAUCUGUUGGCAAAGUACGGUCGUGUGGGGUGACACCAUUCCCGGAAGUUCAUCUUGACGAUGUACUCGAACGCAAGCACCUUCCGCCUCUUGGUCUCAAGGAUUUCGAAGAAUAUCUUCUCUAUGUCGAGCAAUCACCAGAAAAUCUCUACUUUUUGCUAUGGCUCAAGGAGUAUACCACCCGUUACCUCAUCUGGUCCCAGCGUACCAAAGCCAUGAGUGCUCCAACUCCCCCUGAUACUUCAACACGACAAGCCUUUCUCCCUUCAUCGCUGUCAGACCCCUCGCUUGCUCUUUUUUAUGCAAAAGCAAAACAGACCUUUUUCACCCCUGGCGCCGAGUACGAACUCGAUGUCCCUUCAGAUAUCCUUGCUCCGUUUCAUUGUUCAUCUCAAAACUUUGUAUCUUCUACAAGAGUUCGCGGGGCAGCCAUUUCAAACCCACCAAGCGCCCACCCAGAUCCUGCAGUGUUCAUAGAGGUGGCAUUAGAGACACGCGCUAUGCUCAAAGAGUCCCUUUCGCGCUUUGUUCGUGCAGCUUCUACCAAUGUUGGCUCACGCAGAGCAGCAUGUGGCAUUGCUGCCGGGAUGAUAUGUUUAUGUAUUGCUGGAAUAUUACCUCUUGUACUGACAUCUGGUGGCUGGGUGAGUGCCCCUCACGGACGGUGGUGGAGGUUAUCAGCAUUCCCCGGCAUGUGGCUUGGUCUGGCGUUGUUAUUCUCUAGCUUCAACGGAAUUUGUCUCAUGGUGUAUGUCUUUGGCGACCUGAGACAACUUCGAAAAUUUGAGCUCGCUAGGCCAGCUAUUUCAAGGCCGCUACCUUCCCCUGCCCCUGCGGUCACAUCAAUAUCAGCACCGUUACCUCACCCGCCAGCGCCUAGCGAGAGGCCUACCAUCGUAAUAUCCAAACACCACGACAGGCAGUACAAUCCAGAAUUCUGCUCCUCUAGGUCCUUCCAAUCCGCACCAUACUCCCUUUCUGCUGAAGGACGCUCAUUUUCGCAAGCCUCGGAGUCGUAUUCUGACACCGAACUAUCCGGAUCUUCAGAAGACGAAAAUUCUUCUUCUUCAUCCGAGUCACCAGAGAUUGAAAUUUCUCCUGCCUACUUCGAUGAUGUGCCUGCACCUGAGGGUCCAGCGACAGCCACAGGCUUGUAUCGAUCUCAUUACCGUUCUGCGCAACCAUCAUCUAUCGCGUUCCCUUCCAUGGCACAUACUCGGCAGCGCCCAAACCCUGUUACAUUUCUCUCACCUCUUGAAUGUCACGCUUCCAGCGGGAAUGCCGUACACAGUUCGGCUGUCAAGCCACAUACCCUAGAUGAUUCUAGUUCCUUCGGUCCCAGCGCGGCGUUCAUUCGUCAUGAGGUAGACCUCGAUGCGGAAGACGGUCUAAAAGAGCGCGUCUACACAGGACUAGACACGAAAGAGUGUUUUGACUUCGAUCUUCUUCCAAAGUCUGUCAAGGGAAAUGCGAUCCUUGCAGAUAACAUUCGUCUCCCGAGCAAUGCUUCCCCACCUGUCACUGUCACCAUCGCAGGGCAGACUCCAACGCUAUCUCUCGAAACUGGAAAUACUGCUCCUUCAAACAAUCUCCUCAGUUCUACCAUCGCCCGCCAGCAGUACAAAUGCAAGCGCACAUACGCACCUCCGUUAUCACUCGUUUCACAAACUUCUUCAAUUCAAUCGCCCAAUUCGUACACACCAUCACCGACGCCGAGCUCUAAUCGCUCUCCCAUCGUCUCCUUCAUGAUUCCCUCUUUCACUGCGGGCGUUCCUGCUUUCAAGGCACCGAUGACGCGUGUGCGGUCGCCCGUGGUGAUCCGAGCUCAAUGGGAAGUUGUCAUUCGCUCCGCCGUCUUCGGAUUGAUUUGCGCUGUAACAUGCGUCGCCAUUUUUAUCGGUGUUGUUCCGUGACAUUUCGUGCGCUGUACAGUCAUAGCCAGGAACGUUGCCUUGUACUUUAGUUUGCAGCUUUUCAUCUUCUGCAUGAUCAUGUUUCCCGAACGGCCCGUGACUCACUUGUCUCGUUCUCUCCAGUAGUACUUAUUGCAUUUUCUGACGCUCCUUUCCCAUGCUUGCUGUCCUCAACUUUAUUGCUGCUGAUUAAUCCUCACUCAAAAUACCUGUAUGCAUUUGAGAUAUCCUUGUUGUACUCUGAUACUUAUUCUUGACCUACGAGUUGCCUGUGAUCAAGGGCAAAAAUUAAAUAGCAGCCUCAGAAGUGAUCGGCGGUGGUGCGAUAGCCCUAUGCAAACCAUAUAGGCGAAUAAAGUUAUUCC